GCUCUCGAGUGGAGUCCUCGAUGAAAGUGCGGAAGAUGACCCUGUGGUUCAAAGAUGAAUCUGGACAAGAGUUUACAGCGCAUAUGUGGGGGAGACGUUUCGUGGACAAGGGCAAGGACAUCGCUGUUGGCUCGGCGGUGCAAGGUGACAAUGCUUUGAAGAUGACCCUGUGGUUCAAAGAUGAAUCUGCACAAGAGUUUACAGCGCGUCUGUGGGGGAGACGUUUCGUGGACAAGGGCAAGGACAUCGCUGUUGGCUCGG